AUGUCUGAAGAAAUUCAAAAUACACCGAUUGAAGAAAACAGUGAAGUGCCACAUCGCAGGGCAAUGUGUUUAAAGCACGGCCUUCAGGUUGAUGGUAGUAAAGCUGAAUUGGUAGGCCAUUUGGAAGCCUUCUGGAAUGAUCCUGAAAAGAAACCUGUAAAAUCAGAAGCAAUAAAGAGAAAGUCAGCUGACUCUGAGUUCAGUAAAAAAUAUGAUGAAAGAGAUGGAUUCUCUUCAUUAGAGGAAUUUUGUUAUAAUGAUGUUUUUUUCUUCUACAUGGAAAAUAAAGUGGAGAAAAAGAUUGAAAAGAAAUUAAGUAAUUCAUUAUCAAGGGACCAAUAUGAGUAUAAUGCUAUAUGUGAUGCUUCAAGGAGCAAUUCAAGAAGAUUCAAGAAAAAAGGUAAAGGAGGUACAGGAAUGAUUAAGACUGAGGCCAUUUAUUUUAAGGUGGCUGAGGAGGAAGGUUGGAACCAAAUAAUGAGAGUGAUGACUUUAAUAAAUUAUUGGAUAAGGCUAGGAAGAAAGCAAAGCAACAAAAAGGAUUUGUCAUAUCAUAUAAUUGAAGACCAUGGCAAUUUAAAGGACAAAGAUUUUGUAGAAAUUUUUGAAAAUGCAUCUUUGGCUAUAAGAAACUUAUUGCAAAGAGUUAGAAAACUAGCUAAAGAUUCUGUAUCUCCUUUUUACAAAGCUAAAUCUGAAAAAUAA